AUGGCCUCCCGCCCCUCGACUCCCGACACGCAAUUCUCCGCCUUCUUCACAGAUCUCCCUGUUGGUCACGGGGCGGGCCCCAGCAAUGCAGCCACCAGGACUAGCCAGCAACCCCAUCAGCAGCAACAAACACCUCACCUCGACCAUGCUCAAUUUUACGACAUGUUCCAACGCACCAUGGCCCACGCCCAAGCCAUCCUACAAUGCCGUAAAAGCCCCUUUGUCCGCGGCAGCAACGGUGCUCCACCGCCAGUAUGGACACCACACAAGGCGUGGCUGAGCGAAGGACUAGACUAUGUCGGCCGCCACAUCGGUCGCGCACGAUCAGGAAAGCGACGAGGGGAAACACUAAGCAGCGAGGUCAUUGGCGGCGGUCUGGCGAUCGAUGGCGGCCAGCGGGAAGGCGAGGUCGUGGUCAGUAUGGUUCUCGGCCCUGGUGGGGUGAACGACGAAGACUUCGUGGAGGAUGAUGGCGAAGAGAUGGAUGUCCGUAUGCGCAGGACUUGGAUUGAUGGGGAGAUUGUGGUAUGCGAGGUCGCUACCGGACCUAAGAGUAAAGCGAUGCGCAGGCGAUUGCUGGAGGCGUGGAGUCAGACGUGGCGGAAGGAUACUUCUGUUGUGGUUAUUGUAGGGAAGGGAUGGGGCGAGGCUGAACAAAUUGUACUGUGGCCUUCGCAGCAGGCGAAUUGGGCUGUGCUGGAUCAUUUCCGGGUGAGCGAGUUUUGGAUGGAGAUGCGACCUAAGAUUGGUGGUGGAGGACAGCUGGAGGCGGUGGGAAUGGUGAAACUGCAGAGGGCGGAGCUGCACAAGGAGGCUUGGUGGUUGGUGGGGAGGGAGGGUGCGCCGACUGUGCUGUCGAUGGAUCAGAGGCGGUUCUGGGUGGAUCAGUUCGACCCGGGGAAGCGGAUCAGGUGCAAAAGUUGCAACGAGCCGAGUCCAAAAAUAUAUCGGAACUGUUGGAUUUGUUUGAGUCGACAAUGUCCUAAUUUCUGGCGCGAGGGUAUUCAGGUCGGUGCUGAUGGACGCUUGCUGCCUGUCAAGAUACCUGAGAAGCUGCGAUUCAAUGCUGAUUUCCUGAUGGCAAGGACGAUCUUUGAUAAGAAUCUCAAGCCUAGCUGGGAUCUCGCGCCGAACUUGACAGGCGCUCUGACCGCAUGGAAGACCGCGAAGACGGUGUUGGGUACGACGAGGAUGAAUGUGCUUUGGAGAGGGAUGAUUUGUCAGAACUGCAGGGCAAUCGUGCCGACGACGCAGUGGUGCAGGUGGGACUGUGUGGACGAGCAGUGUCGCAAGCGGGCGGGAGAACCAUUCUAUUUUGACUUCGAUAUGGGCAAGAUCCCCCUGCAGGCUAUUGUGCCGAGAUCGUUUGUGAGCUGGAAAGGUCACCCUUUGAUUGAGCCGAGAUGGGCUCCUGAGCUUGGUGGGUCAGUCAGGAGGGUUCAUCGGCCGAGCUAUAUGGUAGAUACAUGGUCCGAAGCUGACUGGAUGCUCAAGAUCGUCAGCCCAACAGCCGAAUUCAACACUGCGCGAAAAGGCCCAGACGAGCUCUUUCACGACUUGCUCAGGGAUGCAAAUCAACUAGCAGACAAACAGAGCCUUGGCCUGACGCGAGCGAAUCUACAUCCUAAGCUGGACGAUCACUUUCACACAGUCUAUGGCGUGGAGUAUGGACUUUCAGCUGGUCACCGCCGCACAGCUGCCGAAAGAGCUAAGAUCUUUCGUUCGAACAUGAGCGUCGUCGAAGCAGAAACGCUAAUGGGUAAGGUGUUGAAAGAAGAAAUGGCAGGGUAUAUGCCCGACGAGACCAACUCCGUUCAAGUGCAUGCCUAUCUUGAGGGAAUGCACCUGGAUUGGCACGCCGAUGGGUACGACGAUCUCGGCAAUACGAUCACAACGUUAAGCUUGGGUGGUGAUGCAGAGCUACUCAUUCGAGCCAGCGAGCCUAGCGAAAACCCGACUGUGAAUCACGAUGAGGACGCUCGCAGGCUAGCGACUAAUAGAAUUCCUCUCAUCCAUGGGUCUAUAGUGGUCAUGUAUGGGAGCUUCGAUCAGCGCUUCGAGCAUAAGGUCGAAAACCACGGGCCUCUGAGAUUUGCUGUAACGCUGCGUCAUGUGGACGAGGCGGCCAGGACUAGGCAGGCCGUGACCCGUGAAGACACGGAGCGGCGUUUCAAUGGACAGUGGUUCAUUUCAAGCGAUGAAGAAUCUUCAGACGAGGAGCCCCCGAUCCGGCCUCAGCAACCAGCCAGGCCUUUACGAGCAGCCAAACCAGUCGCUAAACCCUCAGCAAAGGAACGCGCGCUACCAGAACCUGAUUCUGCAAGUCCAUCUCCGCCGAGGAAACGGCAGGGCGCCGCUGACAACACUGCUCCGGCAUUUAAGGAGCCAGGAUGGACGCAGCACCAGAAAGAUCAGAUCUUCAGCUGGAGGAAUAAAGGCUAUAGCUACGAACAGAUUGCAGUGAAAGCUGACACGGGAUUCGGCCUUCACGGCAAAGUCAAGAAGGAAAAUCUGCGCAUGGUCGUGAAUCGAGAAAAGAAGAGAAGGGCAGAACGAGCAAGAUUACUAGGGGAUGAUUCAAGGGCCUCAUCCAUUGCGCCAUCGGAUUCUGCUUCGGGACUCGUCGACAUUGGAGACCAGCCAGGCCAACCGAACGCAUGGUCGAAAGAUGAGAUCGACCGCCUCCUAGCCUACCGCGCACAGGACCCGCCUCUAACCUACAAACAAAUCAGAGAAAAGGAGAACAACAAGCGCACCGAAAAGGCCUAUCGCGAGCAGAUUGCUACACUGAACAAGAAGAAACGGAACGACGAAUCUGCCACCCCUAGCGGACCGUCACAGAACCAGCAGACCAGUACAAUGGCUUCCAUCAUCAGCAAUCUCACCAGCAAUCUGACUGCCGCUACUCCGACAGUCUACGACCUAGUCGUGGUAGGCAGCGGCUUUGCUGGGUCGAUGACAACGAUCAACUUCCUCGAAGAAUGCAAGAAGCUUGGCAAACGCGGCAGAGUCGCCCUCAUCGAGGCCGGAAAGGAUGGUGAGCGAUGUGGAGCUUCCCGAUGGACUAUGGCCUACCUGAGGUUGGAUAAGGACAAUAACUUCGACGACAAGUGGAAGGACGAGAUGGCUCUGGUCAGUGAAGGCCUUGCUGAUCAAGACUACUGCAAGAAGAUGGAAGAGGAAGUCCCUAUCACCGUGCAGUACUUACUUGACCAUGGUGUCAAAUUCAACCACCACGACGAGAAGGAUGUGCUUCUUGAGUUCAACACAAACCAGCAUUUCGUGUUUCCUCAGGGAGGCGGGCACGCCAUCAUCAAUGCUCUGUUCGACCACAUCAGAAGCUUUGACAAUGUGGACGUAAUGUGGGAGACGCAGGGCGAGAAACUGCUCAUGACAGAGGAUGGGGAAGUGUGUGGUGUGAAAGUGAGAAAGAGUGAUGGCAAGCUCAAGAGUGUUCAUGGAAGGAAGGUCAUGCUUGCUUGCGGAGGGUUUGAGGGCAAUCGCGAGAUGCUGGGUCGUUAUGUUGGUCCACGGACUGAACAUUUGGAAUUGAUUGCUCCAGGCCUCAAGUACAAUACUGGCAGAGGACUCCAGAUGGCACUAGAGGUUGGUGCGGCUACCGCUGGCUCCAUGAGCGGCAUGCACUGCGAACUUGUCGACAUUCGAGCAACGAAGCCGGAUGCCGUGAUCUGGGGUCACAACUAUGGUAUCGUAGUGAAUGAGCAUUGCAAACGCUUCUACGAUGAAGGCAAGCGCCAUCUGUUCGCAACCUUUGAAAUGAUCGCCCUUGAGACUUGGCGAGAUCAGAACCAGAAAUCGUAUUUUGUCACGGACUCCGUGAUCAUGGACAGAUUCCGUCCGGGCUGGGUAUUUGACACGACUGAUAAAGAGCCUGAGCAAUCCGAUACUAUCGAAGGCCUUGCAGAGAAAUUGAAGCUCAACCCGCAGGAGCUCAAGAAGACUGUCGACGACUUCAACGCUGCGGUCAAUGACAAGGAGUUCGACCUGUUGAAGUUGGAUGGCAAGGCUACGAGUGGUCUCUCGCCAAAUAAAACGAACUGGGCCAAUCCCAUCAACAAGCCGCCUUACUUUGGCUAUCCAAUGAAGGCACAAUUGACCUUCACCUAUGGCGGCAUAAAAUGCGAUCUGGACUCCAAAGUACUUGCCACGAAUGGCGCGCCUAUACCUAACCUGUACGCCGCUGGAGAGCUGUCUGGCUUGUUCUACAAUGAGUAUCCUCCAGCAACGUCGGUGCUGCGCUCGUUGACGUUCGGCCGUAUCGCGGGCAGAGACGCCGCUCAGGCCUUGUAG